AUGAAGACCUCCAUUGUCGUUGCCGCCGCCUUCGCCGGCCUUGCCGCAGCUCAGGCGGGCGAGAUCCCCAAGUGCGCUCAAUCCUGCGUCUCCGAGCAAAUCUCCGGCGGGAGCUACGCCGGGUGCGGCACCAACGCAAAGUGCAUCUGCGAGAACGACAACUUCCUGUCCACCGUCGCCUGCUGCCUCGUCGGCGUCUGCUCCGAGGCCGACCAGGCCGCCGCCGUCGAGUACGCCCAGCAGAUCUGCUCCGCCCAGGGCGUCCAGGUCCCCACCGCCGUCAGCUGCACCACCGGCGCCACCGCCGCGACCACAGGGGCCGGCACCAGCGCGACCGGCACCGGCGGCGCCCUCACCACCGCCGCCAGCGGCUCCGGCAGCACCACCGCGGCUGCGUCGGGCACCACCGCGGCCUCUGGGUCGGGCACUGCCGCGACGGCCGCCGUGACGAGCAGCUCCUCGUCCGGCUUUGCGCCCCAGCAGACGGGCAUGCGCGGAGCCGAGAUCCUGGGUGGGCUUGUCGCCGCCGUGGCCUUGCUAUAA